CAUUGGUAGCAACGUGUCACACGAUACUUUGGAAAUUAAUUACAUCAAACUUCAGCUCGGUCGGUGCAUUCGUUUGUGAAGGCACAGUUAAUCUUUGAGAGUUAACGCAUAAUCGCAGUUUUUCAUUAAGGCGUCUCCUUUACGAUGUCUUAUCAAUUGUAUAGAAAUACUACCUUAGGAAAUACGUUACAAGAAAGUCUCGAUGAAUUGAUUCAGUAUGGACAGAUUACACCACAACUUGCAAUUAAAGUUUUACUUCAGUUUGACAAAGCUAUUAACCAAGCCCUUGCAACGAGAGUUAAAUCUAGACUCACAUUUAAGGCUGGCAAGUUGAAUACUUACAGGUUUUGCGAUAAUGUCUGGACGUUCAUGCUUAACGAUGUAGAAUUCCGAGAAGUGCAGGAGGUGGCCAUUGUGGACAAAGUCAAAAUAGUUGCUUGUGAUGGCAAGACCCUGGACGCAGAUGCAGCUGCAAAACGAUAACAGACAAUAAGCCGCAUACUACUGGGACUGACGUUUUUAAAUGCUAUAUAUAGGAAAUUCCCAAACUUUCCUUGAUUGUAAAUGUAAUUAUCAUUAUAUUCCAAAAAAAAGUAAACCCUGGGUUUUCUAAGCGUGUUAAAUUGAACGCGAAUCAUUUGGCCAGGCGUAUGAGGCGUGGAUGUUAUUAGUCUUGUCAUAUAAAUUUGGUACUGUGGAGCAGGUGAAGGUCAACUAUAACUAAUUAAAGAAAAUGACUGUCAAAAUGAUACACGUAAGGAACAAAAAUUUAAAAAUGCCACAUUGACCACACACUUAUAUUUUUAGCGAGCAAAUUGCGCUUUUUUGUUUGUCCACUCCCCAGCGCCCACCCACUCAUAACGUAUUUAAACUAAAAAGAAAUUUAUUUGCUACUCGUAAAUUCCGAUUACAGUUUUAUUUAAUGUAAAGAAAUAUUGUGAUACACUGUGCGAAUAUUCGAAAUUGACAAAUAUUAUACUCUACCCGAGUGGCAUUGCAUGCAAAUAUUUAUAUUUUUAUGGAAUAUGAUGUAAAGCUAAUGUUCCUAAAAUUAUUAGAAGAAAAAAUAUUGCUUCCCAGUCAUAUACUAAACAUGCAAUUUUUACGUCCGCAUGUAAGAUUGCGACGGAUUUGAUAGAAACGUAAUUGUUAACUAAAAUUCCUCCUCUUUUUUUUGUUGGUUCUUGCAAUUUUCUUUCUAGCAUCGAGAGACAAUUAUUUACGGUUAUACAAGAGUUUUUUCUCCCCAGGGGACCAAAAUUACCUCGAAUUUAUACCAAUCGUCGAAAUUUUAAUAGCGAAUUGUCGAAUUCUCGUUAACAUCUUACGCUUUACGAUUUUUAAAUAUUUGUAAACAUCACAAUUCCUUUAUUAUUACUGCUUUCAUGACUUCCAUGCAUUUUAACGUGUGUAAUGUAGCUUUUGUAUUACGAUUGAUGGUAAUAAGCGCUAGACUAGAUAAAUGAUUGUAACAGCAGAAGUGGGGAUAAAGACCAAAAAUUAAUACUGAGAAUAAUAUGCAUUAUUUUGUUAAUAAUAGCUUAUCAUAAAGAUAUAUUAAGUUAUAUAGAUCUAAUCGUGCAUUAUUACAUCCCCUGAAGAUAUACUUAAUGCUUAAGAUUUUUCUACGACAGAGGCAUAUAAGGCAACGUCGUGGUCACACAAAUUUUUACGUUUUUAACUCUUUCGUUUUUAAUUUACCAAUAGAAUCUCAAGCAGUUAUAUCCGUGCACGCACUUUGCAGAUUACAAUAAAUGAUUUAUUUUGGUUCAACCAAAUACAGAUAUAAAAUCAUGAAAAGAGAUCACGAUUUCACUGGGAUAGAAAGGAAGCGUAAAAGAGAAUUCAGAACUAGUGAUAUACGUUUAGUUGGCACGAGGUAAAAUAUAAAUUCGCUUUUAUUCAUAAAUAACUCCUGUCAAAGUAUCACCGAUAGCAAGUGAUUUACUGUAUUUUUAUAGUUAAAUAAAUACCAAAGUCAGCUAUUAAA